GCACAUUUGCAAAUUAUUUGCAAGUCCGUCUUCGGUUUGCGGCUCCUCUAUGGGUUCUCGUCGACGCCAGCCGACGGACCUUUAACUUCGCUCAGGUCUACAAGAGCUAAACACGCGGUUUGACAUCACCGAGGCUUCCCGGGCUUCCCUUUGGAAACCGUACCGGUGCGUAGAGGCGGUUCCUUUGGUCAAUGGAGCCGUUGGUAAGGGCACGCGCGCUGUUGUAGGCAAGGUAAAGAUAGCUGUGUGUGUGUUGUGAGGGGGGCUGCUGCUGAAGUGACGGCACACAAGCUCCGCUGCGCCUCAGCAACUGACAGACGACCACCGGUGGACGCUCUGACUGUCCUGCUGCAUCUCAAAGGCGGGAAGAGUCCGGAUACAGGUGCCCUGGGGGGCAGGCAGUUGUCUAAGAAGUUGUUUGGAGGAUAAAGGGAAGAGCCAGACUUCAAAAUGCCUGUAGCAACAUCCAGUUCGGACUCCGCCAUGCAUCAGGCUCUGGACACAUUGAGCGACAGCACCAGUUCAACGACGGCUAAUGACCUGGAUCUCAUCUUCCUCAAAGGCAUCAUGGAGAGCCCGGUGGCUCACGAGCAUUUUGAGGAACCCAAACUGGAAGCUGUGAGUGAGAACAAUGUUGAACUGGUCCAGGACAUCCUCAAAGAGCUCGGUCCGCUCUCACACAGGAGUCAGGCGGCCGAAGAGCUUGUCCGCAUCCUCAAGGAGCCUCACUUCCAGUCCCUCCUGGAGACCCAUGAUUCUGUGGCAUCCAAAAACUAUGAGACCCCCCCGCCCAGCCCCUGCUCCUUCAUGGACGCGGCCCUCAACAACCAGCCCGUUCCGCCAGACGCAGUUCGGAUGGUGGGCAUCAGGAAGGUGUCUGGAGAACACUUGGGAGUGACCUUCCGAGUGGAGAACGGUGAACUGGUGAUCGCCAGGAUUCUUCACGGCGGCAUGAUCGACCAGCAAGGCCUGCUGCACGUGGGCGACAUCAUCAAGGAGGUCAACGGCAAGGAGGUGGGCAACGACCCCAAGGUGCUCCAGGAGAUGCUGAAGGAGGCGAGCGGCAGCGUGGUGCUGAAGAUUCUGCCCAGCUACCAGGAGCCACACACACCCAGACAGGCCUUCGUGAAGUGCCACUUCGAUUACGACCCCACUCACGACAACCUGAUUCCCUGCAAGGAGGCGGGCCUCAGCUUCACCAGUGGAGACAUUCUGCAGAUCUUUAACCAGGAAGACCUGAACUGGUGGCAGGCGUGCCACAUAGAGGGAGGCAGCGCGGGCCUCAUUCCGAGCCAGCUUCUGGAGGAGAAGAGGAAAGCGUUUGUGAAGAGGGACAUGGAGCUCGCCACCACAGGUCCCUUGUGUGGAGGAAUGGGUGGUAAGAAGAAAAAAAAGAUGAUGUAUUUAACCACCAAGAAUGCAGAAUUUGAUCGACAUGAACUGCGGAUCUAUGAAGAGGUUGCCAAAGUCCCUCCCUUCAGGAGGAAGACGCUGGUUCUGAUUGGAGCACAGGGAGUCGGGCGACGCAAUCUGAAGAACAAGCUGCUGGUGUCGGACCCUCAGCGCUACGGGACCACCAUACCCUUCACCUCCAGGAAGCCGAAGGUGGACGAGCGAGACGGUCAGAUGUACGGCUUCAUGUCGCGGAGCGAGAUGGAGUGCGACAUCAAAAGCGGCCGUUUCCUGGAGCACGGCGAGUACGACGGCAACCUGUACGGCACGAAGAUCAACUCCAUACACGAGGUGAUAGAAACGGGGAAGAUCUGCAUCCUGGACGUCAACCCACAGGCCUUGAAAGUGCUGCGGACGUCUGAAUUCCUGCCUUACGUUGUGUUCAUUGAAGCCCCGGACUUUGAAGUCCUCAAAGCGAUGAACAGGUCAGCCAUUGACUCAGGAGUCGUCACAAAGCAGAUGACGGACUCUGAACUAAAGAGGACAGUGGACGAGAGCGAGCGCAUAAAGAGGGCCUAUGGACAUUACUUUGAUCUUUGCAUCGUGAACGACGGUUUGGAGGCGGCCUUCCGCAGCCUCCGGGUGGCGCUGGAGAAGCUCUCCAUGGAGCAUCAGUGGGUGCCGGUCAGCUGGGUGUUCUGAGCACCACCUGCAAAGAGUCGGAGGACGCUUCGUCACCGACGCCGAUGGAGCCGCAUGGCGGACGUCGGCACAGGCGACCAGCCUCACGUAGAAGCAUUUUUUUGUACAAACUAAGUGUUCCUCUGUUGAGCCUAAUGUCAAGUUGUGAUUAAUUUAUCAAAACUGGUUGUUUGUUGAGGAGGCUUUAGAGACGACCGGGAGUUGUAGUGUGAUCGUUUAAAUGUGGAUGAUAAACAGUUUGAGGGACAGUUUUAGCCUUCACAAAUCUUAAAUACUUUAUGUAGUGUAAAUGUUUACAUUGGUUCUGUAGGAAGGAUUGAAGAAAGAUACCAAAUGUCACAUUUGUGUUGAAAACUUAAUAUUUUUGCCAUUUGAUCACACGGUAGGAUUGUACGUGUUCAGAAAUGUGCUAAAAAAUGGCAAUAGUUACUGAAAUAAACAUGCAAUACACUUAAUGAGACACCAGAAAGGAAACACACACAUUUCUGCUUUGGGAAGCAGUGGAGGAUGUUCAUGUUGAGACGUUUUUCAUUCAUCUUCUUUCCUUUUUGAAUGUUGAUUUCUGUACGUUUGUCCUGACAGUUAGAAGAUACAGCAGAUGUUUGAGUUUAAUCCGUAGCACCAGUAACAAUCAAAUCUUCAGUAGCCUAGACCUGUUGUGUGCGUUGUUUAACGAAGGGAAAACAUUCAAUCUUAGCGUUUACUUCUUGGAGUCCUGAUGGAAGAUUUUUUUUGUUUUUGUUACUUUUAUGUAAAACUGGUUACCAGUGUCUUCAAAUUCAUGUUUACUUUUGCCUUAAUAUGGUUCAAAAGCCAAGGAAACUAUUUUUUCAUUGUGGAACUUUUCAUUUCUAUCAUUGCACAUGUUCCUUAGGAAACAACACAUAACUCUGUCAGCUUAUUUAUUGUUCAUUUAAUCUUUCUUUCAGCCUGUAAGUACUGUAUUGUAAUAAAGAGUGUAUAGAAUAUCAAAGAAA